GUGAGCGGCGCGCGGCAGCCCCAGCAGCGCGCGGGUCUGGGCGGAGCGCGAGGGACAGCCGGGCAGGCAGCGCCUCCGCCUCGCCUCGCGUGGCCGCCUCGGAGGUCUUCGGGGAAAGCGCCUCUCCCGCGGCGGCAGCGGCAAAAGAGGAGCUCGCGCGGGCGUCCCGAUCCCCGCGGAGCUGCUGCGACUUCCCCCGUUUAUUUUAUUUUUUAAAAAUUGUUGCAAUCUCUAAAGACUGUUUGGAGAGCCCCCCCCCCCCCACUCCUCGUAAUAAUUGCAGGAAUAUUUCUUUUUGACCAACUCGAGAGAACAUGGCUCGACCGCUUCCUCUGAACCCAACUUUCCUACCUCCGACCUACGGCGUGCUGAAGUCUCUGCUGGAAAACCCCCUGAAGCUGCCGCUGCAUCAUGAAGACGCAUUUUGUAAAGAAAAAGGCAAAGAGAAAAAGCUGGACGAUGACGGCAGCGGGGGCACUGUCCCACAGUCGGCUUUCUUGGGUCCCACGUUAUGGGACAAAACACUUCCGUACGAUGGUGACACUUUCCAGUUGGAAUACAUGGACCUGGAGGAGUUCCUCUCCGAGAACGGCAUCCCCCCCAGCCCCGCUCAGCAGGACCACGGCCCCCACCAGCCAGCCCUCCAGCCAGCUACCUCCGCUGCACCUUCUGUCGUGGACCUCAGCAGCAGAGCAUCCACGUCAGUCCACUCCACCCUGGUCUCUCAAAACUGCAUGCAGAGUCCAGUCAGGCCAGGUGCGAUCUUGUCCACAACUCGUAACACACCAAGUCCCAUCGAUCCCGAGACUAUUCAGGUUCCUGUGGGGUACGAACCAGACCCUGCUGAUCUUGCCCUUUCGAGUAUUCCUGGUCAAGAGAUAUUUGAUCCUCGUAAACGCAAGUUCUCUGAGGAAGAGCUGAAGCCGCAGCCCAUGAUUAAGAAAGCCCGCAAAGUUUUCAUUCCAGAGGAUCUGAAGCAGGAUGACAAAUACUGGGCAAGACGUCGAAAGAACAACAUGGCUGCCAAGCGUUCAAGAGAUGCCCGGCGGCUGAAGGAGAACCAGAUUGCCAUCCGCGCCUCUUUCUUGGAGAAGGAGAACUCGGCUCUGCGCCAGGAGGUGGCGGAUUUACGGAAAGAGCUGGGCAAAUGCAAGAACGUUCUUGCCAAGUACGAAGCCCGGCAUGGCCCUCUGUAAAUGGCACGGUCCCUUUCUGUCCCCUCCUCUUUUUUUGUGGGUUGGCAUUUAAAUAUAUGGACAGUGUUUUUCCUGUUUGAUAGCACCACACCCAACACCAACCUUUCAGUUGUCAGCACUUUACCGGAAAAACAGAAACAAAACCAAUGUACAACUUUGUAUGCGUGUAUCUGUGCGUGCGUGCGUGCGUGCGUGUGUAUCUUGGCAUGUCCCCUUUUUUAAAAAAAACCUCUACGCAGGGAGAUGUUUUUACUUGGACUGCUGAGACCUGCCAUAUGUAAGCUUUUUAUUAUAU